AUGAAUGGCAGAAGCGGUGAGGUCCUUGCCGUAGCGGUCCUCUUUUUCAUUCUCACAUGGGCGACCGUCGCAUUGCGAGUGUACACGCGAUAUUUCCUCACGAGGACCUUUGGUAAGGACGACUGGUCCAUGGUUGCGACAAUCGCGCUGAUAUUUUGGUACCUAUGCGAAUUACUGUACGUCUUGAGCAAUUGUACAUUGAAGAUCGCACUCGGCAUUUUCUACCUCCGCGUUGCAGUACAGCGUUGGCAUACUUGGGUUAUCAAACUACUGAUGACUGGAACGGUGUUCUUUGGCGGGUGUUACUUCUUCAUGGCAGCUUUUCAGUGUAUCCCAGUUUCGGAAUUUUGGAAUAAUCACCCAGCGUCGAGCAGGUGCAUUCCCAAAGCGCCAACCACAGGAAUCACCUACGCCCUCAGCGCUGUAAACGCCUUCGCGGAUUGGUCUCUAGGAAUCUUACCUUUUUUUAUUGUAUUAGAUCUGCAGAUGAACUUAAAGACGAAAUUCAUGGUAGCAGGAAUCUUGGCUUUCGCUGCAAUUGGAAGCACCGGAACAAUCGUCAGAAUGAAAUACAUUCACUCCUUAACCAACGGACAAGAUUUCUUGUGGGCAAACACAGAUGUAGCAAUCUGGUCCACUGUCGAACCCGGCAUUGGUAUCACGGCCGCCAGCAUGGCAACCCUAAAGCCCUUGCUCCAAACUUGUCUCUGGCGCAUAGGUCCGACCGAGGCGCCCUCAUCAGCCCGACUCCGCCCGUCCAACCGCAGCUCGCCAAUGGGACAGAAUCAGAAGCACUGCAGUCGGAUCUGGUAUCAUCGAUCACUUGGUCUGGAUGACCUCCGACUCGUCAAGGGCAGCACCUUGGCCACUACUACGGGCCCGCAGAAACCGGAGAAGAUGUGGCAGGGUAGUAGGAUGAGGACGGAGGCUGUGGACGAAGGAGAAGAAAUGGGAGGUACAGGAACAGGGACAGGCAUGGGGAGAGGGAUUAAUAAGCGUGUGACAGUGGAGUACUCGUGCGAGGGGCUUCCGAGGUUAGAACUGAGCGAUUUUUUAGAAAGAGACGGGUUAUCGAUAUCAUAA